AUAUGAUUGGGUAAGAAUGUGGCCGCGAACCGUCCAUUGGAAAGAACAGGUGUCUGUUUCAGAGUCCGGAAGUCGCGAUGGCCGUGGUCGAGACCAUUGAGAGAACAACGCGAGGGGUGAAAAUAGAAUCGAGGUUGAAGGCCUAACAGAGCCGGGCCGCUGGCCGGCUGAGGCAGCAAUGGAGGAGUUGGAUGCGGUGAUACCUUCGCUGGAGCCCUUCAGGGUAGAGCAGGUUCCACCCAUCAUCUACUAUGUCCCAGAUUUCAUCUCUGAGCAAGAAGAGACCCAGCUGCUCCGACAGGUGUAUGAGGCUCCAAAGCCCAAAUGGACACAGCUUUCUGGGCGGAAAUUACAGAACUGGGGUGGGCUCCCCCACCCAAAGGGGAUGGUCCCUGAGCAGCUGCCUCGGUGGCUCCAGCACUGGGUGGACGCUGUCUCUAGUCUCGGCCUCUUCGGGGGUGCCCAAGCUAAUCAUGUGCUGGUGAAUGAGUACCAGCCAGGAGAGGGCAUCAUGCCCCAUGAGGACGGCCCUCUGUACUACCCGACGGUCAGCACCAUCAGCCUUGGCUCCCACACUGUCCUAGAUAUGUACCUGCCCCGAGGGCCUGAGCUGGAGAAGGACCCUCGAGAGGAGCAGCCCCAGCCUCUCCCCAAGUUCUCGCUGCUGCUGGAGCCCCGAAGCCUCCUGGUCCUCCGAGGUGAAGCUUACACCCACCUCCUCCACGGCAUCCGCCCGACAUCGAUAGACGCUCUGACUGAGACCCCCGUGGCCAAUGCUGCUGCCUGCCCCUCGGCCCAGCCUGACGCCCUGCUCCCCCGGGGCACGCGCGUCUCCCUCACUAUUCGAAGGGUCCCGCGAGUGCUCCGGACCAGCCUCUUGCUGAGCAAGAAAUCUCGAAGCACCAAGUGAACCCAGAGAUCUCCAAGCACCAGGAAGGCAGUUGACCAUACAACUUUUCCUGUCUGCCUCACUACUCCUGGGUCUGAGUCAGCAGAAAGAAUUUAGGGAGAAAGCAGUCCCAUCGCAGUCAUUGGGGAGGUGAUUCUGCCUGCCAAGUUCCCAUCCUGGUUCAGGAAUAAACUACAAUUACCUCGA